AAGUGUCACGCGUAAAUAAAUUAAUUGACAACAAUCAAAUUUACCAACUCGUACAUUUCGGCCAGCCUCACCGGCUUUUUAACCCGUGUAUUUCGCGAAAGAUGAGUCAAAUUAUCGAAUAUAAGUGUGUGAUUGUGCGCGCCAAAUCCCAGUCCAUAGGAAGCGUAGAUGCAGAGCGUGCCCGCAGUCCCCUCGCGGGACAGUCACUCGGCCAUGUCGUACAAAGCAAGCAAACAAUGUUAGAUCAAACGAUGCGCACCAUCCAAAAGAAGCGCACUGCAAAUUUUCGCGAGGAUGAAACCCGAUUGCUCAUCCAGCUCUGGGGCAGCCCAUCCAUCCAGAACAAGCUAUUUCUUACACACCGCAAGGCACCCGUGAUGCGUCUGCUAGCUGCCAACAUGCAACAACGCGGUUUCUACAGGACUCCGGACGAGAUCAAAACGCGCAUUCGUAAUUUGAAGUGUCUUUACCAUCGCAUCAAGCGGAGCAUGUCGAGUGGCACGGGCAUCGGUACCGUGGACCCCGACUGGCCGCAUUUCAAGGCGAUGGAUGAAAUUUUAUCCAAGGAAUAUCCACGCAAGCUCACUGAUCGAAUCUUGGAAGAGCAAAUGGAGACGAAGUUCGAGGAUAUUAAAGUCAAACAGGAAAUCGAUGACAUUGAUAUUGAUGAUAACGAUUCCUGGGCUACAAAUGAAUCAGUAAAUUCGGAAUAUGAUGAUGAUGCAUCGCAAGGGCCAGCAUCGCCUGCGGUACCGAUUGUGUCUAAUGCUAAGCCUUUGCCUCCGAUUCAACAGGGUAGUAUUCAAGUGAAGAAAACAUCAUCGUUGCAAGCGCAGCCAGUGCAACAGUUUCGGGUGCAGGCGCCGGUGAACGCACAGGCUACUCUGAAAACCCACAUUCCGAUUCAGCCAGCGCUCAAGCCCAACACAAUGGUACCUACUAUUCAACUUCCUACUUCACAAGUCACGCAGAACGGCCAGAUUGCCGGCCAAAAGGGAGGCAUACCUUUUCCUUUACUGAUAUUGAACAACGUCAACCAUGGCGAUAAAACGCCCCUAAUCGCAUGCAGACUGUUAUUGGGACUAAUCAACAAACCGAUUGUAAUAGCUGCAAACAGCCUUCUGAAAGAAGUAAUUGAACUUCAGAAGCAAAACCUGGAAUUAGCCAAGCAGCACAUUGAAAUCGAAAAGCAACGUUUAGAGUUUGAUCGUGUUAUUGGCACUCAAAUGGUGACAAUGCUACCAAUGUUGGGUGGAGUUCUACAAAGACUUGCCUAUCCGGGCAAUCAAGAUCUCAUCGACAUGAAGUUUGGUAUCAGCGCCGGUGUCAAGCGUAAGCGUAGCGCUUCCGAAGACGCUGACGUAAUUAAAGACAGCAAGAAACUACGCAACAUGUUGGAGAAAGGCAUCCGCAAGUAUAUGUUAAUGGACGAGGACGAGUCCCAACCAGAAGUUGUCGUCGAAAAGUUGAGAAUAAAGACGAUGUAGACGAUAAGACCGACGAUGACAUUGCCAUUGAUGAAGAUGACGCCGAUAAAAACUCAGAGAAAGACAUCGAAGUCGGCAGUGUGGACGGCGAUAUUUUGGAGCCCAAUGUAGUUAUUGAAAAUGACGAGGACGAUGAAGAAGCCCAGGCGGACGACGAUGAAGACGAGGAUGAUGACGAGGAGGAGAAGCUCGUCAUUGAAACGAGGAGGAGUCCGCGGGUCGCCCGAGUAACUAGAGAGUUAGACUUUUGUCAAACAUUCCAGGGCGUUGUGCGGCAUGUUUUAACUUAAUUUGAUGCCAAAAUUCCCACGUGUUUGUACUUUAUUUAUUUAACUAAUUUAUUUUUGUUAUUAUUUAUUUAUUUGCUGUAUUUAAUCGCAAUGUGAUAUGCAAUUGUUUUAUUUUCAAUAACAUAAUAUUCACGCCUGAAA